UUUGAAUUGAUGUGUGAUGCAAGUGAUAUAGCCAUUGGAGCUGUUUUGGGGCAGCGGAAAGAGAAAAUAUUUUGUUCCAUUCACUAUGCGAGAAUUUGAUUUGGAGAUUCGAGAUCGAAAGGGAACAGAGAAUCAGGUUGCAGAUCAUUUAUCCAGGCUGGAAAAUAGAGGCCAUGUCACUGAAGGAGAAUCAAUCAAAGAAACAUUCCCUGACGAACAUUUGCUAGCCAUCACUUCGGAUGAAACCCCGUGGUAUGCUGAUUAUGUGAAUUUCAUUGCAAGUGGGGUGACUCCACCAGAAUUCACAGCUGACCAUAGAAGAAGGUUCUUACAUGAUGUGAGAUUCUACAUGUGGGACGAGCCUUUUCUAUACAAGCAAUGCGCAGAUUAA